AUGAAUAUUGCAACCUGGAACUAUAGGGGUCUUGGGGAGGCGGACUCCCUUAAAGUUCCGUAUGUUUCAUCUUUUGUUCGCUCUUUUGGUGUAGAUAUCAUGUUUCUCAUGGAAACUUUAGUAUUUGUACAGUGUGCUGUACAAAAGUUGCCGUUGUUAGGUUUUGAUGUGUUUUGUGGUUCUGAUGCUCUAAGUCUUAGCGGGGGUUUGGUAGUCUUUUGGUUCUCCCAGGUUGUUGUUGAACCUAUUUCUGUUUCUCCCCAUGUUAUCUUUUGUCAAGUGAUUGUUCCUGGUCAAGAAAUUAAACAUAUCAUCUUUGUGUAUGGAUCACCCCAUAUUUCCUUUCGAAAUGCAGUUAGGGCAGAAAUCACUAAUAUUUUACGUAUUGCACCAAAUGUAGUUUUAUUCGGGGAUUUUAAUCAAGUUGAAUAUUUAUCUGACAAGGUAGGGGGUUCAUUAGCUAUUCCUGGUCGACAUGAGUUUUUGGACUGGAAACUAAGCUCGGGAUUGCUAGAUAUUCCCUUUUCUGGACCAUCUUUCACAUGGACUAAUGGUCAAUUGGGAAAUCCUAUCUUUGAAAGGCUUGAUAAGGGUUAUGCGACGAGGGCCUGGAUGGACACUCAUCCUUAG